UCUCAUCCUGCUCACUUUUCUAUAUUCAUUUUCACCACGUGCUUUUGUACGGUAUGAGAUUGUCCAGUUAAAGCAUCAUUAUGUAUCAGAGUACGUUGCAAUACUUGAACAGUCAUCGAGAAAAGAUGUUGAAGAGCAUCAACAACCACCAAAAUUCUUUUUCUAUGGAAAAUCUUCUUUCGAACGGUAAGAUUUCUCCGGAAAAUUUGGAUACUAGCAAAGAUUCCGAAGAAUUCAAAACUUCCCCUAAUCCCCACCAGCACAAGAUGGAAGAUGAAGACGACAGAUUGUCCCCGAUGUCUUCCGGUAGUUUGCAGGCCGAGAAAAACGACGUUUUUCUACGGUUCAAUAGUUGUUUAAGAAAUAGGAUAUGCUCGAACUGUGGUAGAUUAGACUGUAACUUUUUGCAAUGUAGACUCAGUGACGGUAUUAAAGAUUCUAAGCCCGUAUUAAAGUUCAGUGUUAGUGCUAUAUUGGGAGACGAUAAACUUCAACAAAGAAAUAGUAAUAAUAAUAAUGAUAAUUUAGUGCACGUAACUGCGACAGCGGCGGCAGCGGGAGUGGGCCCACCUAGUUUAUUGGGCCUCUCGACGUACCUCAACAAUCAUUCAACGUCGAUAGCCAAACCUGUUGCCAGUCGGCCGCCACAUUUCAACCCCCACCUUUUACUGGCGGCGCACUGUAGGCCGCAACCCUACUUGACAGUGUCAACCCCAGUGUCCGGUACCCACUCAGCAGUUUUCCCGUUACCUGGCUCGUUUCCAUGGGCGCACAGCGGCAGGGGAAAGCCGCGAAGGGGCAUGAUGAGGCGUGCCGUCUUCAGCGAUUUACAACGAAAAGGGUUGGAGAGGCGGUUUCAAAUUCAGAAAUAUAUCUCCAAGCCAGAUAGGAAGAAACUCGCCGAAAAGUUGGGGCUUAAAGACAGUCAGGUGAAGAUAUGGUUUCAAAAUCGUCGAAUGAAAUGGAGAAACUCAAAAGAACGGGAACUUCUAGCAGCCGGGGGAUCCAGAGAACAAACUCUUCCAAACAAGAACAACCCUCAUCCCGAUCUAAGUGACGCAGACGGAGAUAAACCGAAGUUGGAUCUCAGUGAUAUGCAAGAUAUUUCUCCUGCGGGUUCGCCCGUUGACCACCAAAGGGAACCAUCCGGGAAUUCUGUCAAUUCUGGGCCAAUCAAUUACCAGAUGUAUGAAGGAAUGGACUAUGAGAGCUCGAACGAUAGUGACGAGGAGAUAAAUGUCACCUGAUUUGUUAUUAGGAAGAAAUUAGAGUAAACAAUGAAGAUUUAGUGUUUUAAUUAAAAGUUUAUUUUGUAUAUAUGUAUAUUAUUUGGUCUUUGGUGUAAGAAAUAAGAAUAUUGUCCAUUCUAACAAAAUUAUUUCAACAUUUUUUUUAAAUCUAUGUUGUUAUUAAGAAUUUAUCUAUACAGUAAUGAAUUGGGCGUUUAUAUAGAUCUUUCAAAAACUUAAAUAACCUACAAGGUUAGAAUAUGAAUUGAAAAUGAAUAUAAACUAUGUUUCACAUCAAAGUAUCUUCGGUCUUUUACACCGUAUUAAGAUGGAUCAAACUGUUAGGCCUGGAAGUUUCGCUGGCUAAAGCAGUAUUUUACCAUUUAAUUAAAGGGUACAUUUCUAUGGUAAUUUUUUUCCGCACCCGUCUGAUCCAACAUAUCUCCAUUGAGGCACUGAGGCUAACAACAGAUCUCCAUUGAACCACUGAGGCUAAAGCUUAUUCCGGCAGUGGUUUCCAACCUUUUUGUACCUGUGUCCUUAAAAAACAAAAAAUUAUUGCGCCCUCUUAUAGGUCUGGAUCCCACGUAUGAAAAAAAAGUUGAUUAAUAGCAAGCUGAAAAUUUGAUAAUAGCUUAAGGGUGUCUAGUCGAAUAAACUUUGAUAUAUGGGAACACUGGAACAGGGGCAGUUUUAAUUGUGGAACAGGUUAAAAAUUUGGAACGCUCAGACCACGAAAACGGCACAUUUAUUUUGUCCGACAGAACAUACUAAAACUCUCCGAACAGAGAUUUAACUCUCAGGCAAAAAUCAGAGUGCUAUUUAUCACCUGUCAUCAUUCCUGUCAUUUGACAUAUUCUACAUGUUCCACUCAUUAAAACGCCUAUUUGGUGAUAAAUAGCAGUCUGAUUUUUGCAUGAGAGUUUAAUCUCUGUUCGGAGAGUUUAAGUCUGUUCUGUCGGGCAAAAUAUAUGUGCCGUUUUCGUGGUCUGACCGUUCCAAAUUUUUAACCUGUUCCACAAUUAAAACUUCCCCUAUUCCAGUGUUCCCAUAUAUCAAAGUUUGUCGGACUAGACACCCGUAAGCUAUUAACAAAUUUUCAGCUUGCUAUUAAUCAACUUUUUUUUUCAUACGCGGGAUCCAGACCUAUUAAUUUUUCUAACUAUCUAAUUUCAUAAAUACUCAACUGAUAUUAUAAUUUAUUUAAUGGGCUACAAAAUAAUAAAAUUUGCUUUUUCAUAGUAUUUACCCCAUUUUUAAAUUAAUUUUCAGAGAUUUUGUAUUUUCCUCAUUUCCAGACAAUUUCCUAAUUGUAACAAACAAUUGUAAUAACAGCUGCAUGCCCCCCUUGCAACAGUCUGGCGCCCCCUAGGGGGCGCGCCCCACAGGUUGGAAACCACUGGUCUUUUACACCGUAUUAAGAUGGAUCAAACUGUUAGGCCUGGAAGUUUCGCUGGCUAAAGCAGUAUUUUACCAUUUAAUUAAAGGGUACAUUUCUAUGGUAAUUUUUUUCCGCACCCGUCUGAUCCAACAUAUCUCCAUUGAGGCACUGAGGCUAACAACAGAUCUCCAUUGAACCACUGAGGCUAAAGCUUAUUCCGGCAGUGGUUUCCAACCUUUUUGUACCUGUGUCCUUAAAAAACAAAAAAUUAUUGCGCCCUCUUAUAGGUCUGGAUCCCACGUAUGAAAAAAAAGUUGAUUAAUAGCAAGCUGAAAAUUUGAUAAUAGCUUAAGGGUGUCUAGUCGAAUAAACUUUGAUAUAUGGGAACACUGGAACAGGGGCAGUUUUAAUUGUGGAACAGGUUAAAAAUUUGGAACGCUCAGACCACGAAAACGGCACAUUUAUUUUGUCCGACAGAACAUACUAAAACUCUCCGAACAGAGAUUUAACUCUCAGGCAAAAAUCAGAGUGCUAUUUAUCACCUGUCAUCAUUCCUGUCAUUUGACAUAUUCUACAUGUUCCACUCAUUAAAACGCCUAUUUGGUGAUAAAUAGCAGUCUGAUUUUUGCAUGAGAGUUUAAUCUCUGUUCGGAGAGUUUAAGUCUGUUCUGUCGGGCAAAAUAUAUGUGCCGUUUUCGUGGUCUGACCGUUCCAAAUUUUUAACCUGUUCCACAAUUAAAACUUCCCCUAUUCCAGUGUUCCCAUAUAUCAAAGUUUGUCGGACUAGACACCCGUAAGCUAUUAACAAAUUUUCAGCUUGCUAUUAAUCAACUUUUUUUUUCAUACGCGGGAUCCAGACCUAUUAAUUUUUCUAACUAUCUAAUUUCAUAAAUACUCAACUGAUAUUAUAAUUUAUUUAAUGGGCUACAAAAUAAUAAAAUUUGCUUUUUCAUAGUAUUUACCCCAUUUUUAAAUUAAUUUUCAGAGAUUUUGUAUUUUCCUCAUUUCCAGACAAUUUCCUAAUUGUAACAAACAAUUGUAAUAACAGCUGCAUGCCCCCCUUGCAACAGUCUGGCGCCCCCUAGGGGGCGCGCCCCACAGGUUGGAAACCACUGGCUUAUUGUGUUUGCUGCUCAUUGUUGUUUCAUACACCCAGUCUAGAAUUGAUGUAGCCUGUAGAAGUUUCUAUAGAUCUUCUGCUUCUGCUUGGUGUGUCCUAAAUAUACCAGGUUCUUCCCUUGGUUGCCCAUAUUGUUUUUGACCUUUGCGGUUCAGCUUGUAAUUUUACUGUCUAGGUCUGGAGCGGUUCUGAAGAGUUCUAUUGUUGUUUUUCCACUCCACAGCUCAGGCCCGGCCCCAGGGGUGAGCGAACUGGGCAGAUGCCCAGGGCGGCAAAUUUUGGGGCGGCAAAUUUAAGAGGACAGCCAAUUUUUGAUAUUGAAGAAAUAAUAAAUUCGUUUUUUAUUAUUAUAAAAAAUCAAUAUUAUGAACAAAAGCAGUAAAUACGCAACUGUAAAAACGAGAAUUAAAUAAGUGAAACAAUAACAUUGCAAGGUUUAUUCGACGGGAGAUAGACAAUGCCGCCUUCUUCUUCAUCGUAUAAGAAUAGUGGGAUCAGAAUAGUGAGGGGCGAUUCUGAUAAAAUUUGUCAUCACAACAAAGGUAACUUUUUAAAGCUUGUUGAGCUCUUUAGAAAACUUGAUUCUGUUUUACAAAAGCACAUUAGGAGAACAACGAAUGGUAGUAACAAGCAACGUUACUCCUUGAGAAAACGUAUUCAAAACAAAAUUAUUCAGCUCCUCCAUGACCAAAUCAAAAUUAAAAACUUUCUCAAAUCAGCAAAGUAUUGUGGCAUAAUUUUAGAUUUUACACCUGAUAUUUCUGAAAUUGAACAGAUAACUAUUGUUGUACGUUUUGUCGAUAUAGGUUACUGUUCACAAAGUGUUAAAAUUGCAGAUCUUUGAUUUGUGCCUGUACCUGAAUCCACAGCCUUGUGACUUACCAAAGAUAUUUUGCAAAAUCAAAACUGAAUGAACUGGGAAUACCUUUGGAAGAUAUGGAAAGAAUCUGAUAAUUUGCAAACAUGAAAACGAAAAACUUGAAAGUUCAAAACAUAAUUUUGAAAAUGAAUCCUAGAGCAUUGUUUGUACAAUGUUCUAGCUAUUCACAUUCAAACAACUUAGUCGUGAACGAUGUUGUUAAAGCCUCUCAGUUUGCAGUUGCUUCCUUUUCUUUGGUGACAAAAAUUUACAAUUAUUUCUCAGCAUCUAUUCAUCGUUGGGCUAUACUGAAAAAUCAUAUUUCUAGCCUACCCUAACAUUGAAGAAUUUGUCCGAAACUAUAUGGGAAAGUAUAAUUGAUGCAAUUACUCCCAUCAGAUACCAAAUUGAAGAAAUUUACGAUGCUCUUGUAGAAAUCAGUGUCAUUAAUAACAACGAUAAAAUGGUUGCUCAUGAGGCAAGCUGUUUGGCAAAUCAAAUCCGUUAUUUUACUUUUCUUUGCUCUGUGGUAAUAUGGCAUGGCAUUUUAUUUUACAUCAACGUAAUCAGCAAAUCACUGCAGAGUCUUGAUAUGGGAUUGAUCUCUGGACCCCUCACAAGGGCCCCCUAUCAAAGUUUGUCGCGGGGCCCUUUUCCACGACUGAUAUGUGCUAGUGCUAAAAAAAUGUUUAACAAAAGCAGCAAAAACGCUUGUAUAGAUUAGAAUAGAAAUAUACUUUAUUAUCACCGAAAGUUUUACAAUUUUAUGGACAAAGAUUACAAAGGGAAGGAAAAAAACAACAAAUACAAAUUACUGAAAUUUCCUAAAUCAUCAAUAUUACAAAAUAAAAGAUAAUAAACUAAAACAAAAACAAUCUAUUUCAAAAUUUAAAUAAAUUGCAAAUUGCCUAAUACAAUCUUAGGAACUAAGUAAUAAGUUCUCCGUAUCACAUCCAAAUAUACAUAAAGAUACUUUAGUUACUUGUACAUAAGGGUAAAAAAUGUACUUUCUUAGUUAUAAGAAACUCUUCUUCCGAAUACUAUGGACUUUCAGAUCGAUAGUCUUUUGUCAUUUUACGGAACUUGGGGAAAGAUGUUGCAGUAUAACUUAGUGGACGGGAUCGGUAAAUAAACAUCAAGAGUUGAAUUUCUGGUGGAGUAGUCAUUGUUAAGUCUUGCUAGAAAGAUAUUUAUGUACUUAGGUGUUUACAAAUUAAGCAAACAAACAAGUAGCUUCUGCAAUGUGUUGUAUUGAGCUGCAAUAAGGUAGCCAAACAGAUACCUAAUUGCUCUCUUUUGUAAUUUAAAAAUAAUAUCUGACUCGGCAGCUGUACUAGAACCCCAAAAAGGAAGACCAUAUCGAAGAUGAGACUCGAACAAAGAAAAAUACGUUAUUCUGUAAGAUUCUAAAUUAAUUUCCUUCGAAACAGAUUUCAUUGAGUAGAAAGCUGAGGGGAGUUUCUUACCGAUAAGAAGGGACCCUUUGAGUUUGCUGUCUAAAAAAAUACCAAGAAAUUUUACUGAAUCAACGGUACUAAUCUGGUCGUUAUUAAGAAGCAAGGGCUGAAUAUUGCUACUGUCUUAUCCACCUUAAAAUAGAGUAAAUUAGGAUCGAACCAGGUAAGAAGAUCAGAAACUAUAGUUGCAUGAAGAGUUGCAAUAUUUGAGUUGCUUCAAGUGAUACUCGUAUCAUCAGCAAAAAGAACAAUGUUUACAUCGAUUUUUAAAUUAGGGAUGUCAUUUAUAAAGACAAGAAAAGUAGAGGGCCCAAUACUGAACCCUGUGGUACCUCACAUAUAUUGUAUGUGAGACUAAAGUCAGUAUUAUUUGCUCUAACCAGUUGUUACCUCGAAUCCCGUAGAAAUGUAUAUAAUACAAUAUAUAGAUAAAUUAUAGAUUACAGCAGAAUAUACCCAAACAAUACGCACUGUUUCAAAAAUAUUCAAAGGUAUAGCGAUUACAGAAAUUGCAAUCUGGCAUUAUACAUUAUACAGUGUCUCACACUUAGCCAACGGUGAAUGGACAAUGGACAAUGAAAUGUAACUUGAAAAUAAAAAAUGCUCUGUUGUUAUGGAAUAACCACGAGCGUCGGCAAAUUGAUAUACACACGUAUAUACAAUUUAUAAUAAGAUAGAUGAAGAAUCCAUUACCGACAUGAAAAUGUCGAUAUCCAAACAAUACCGACUGUUUCAAAGCGGUUUAAGAGUGAAAUUGUAGAAUAUUUUGUUCAAUUUUUUUAAAUGGAACUUUUGUUUCGACAUGACGCGCGGGGCCCCUUAAUGUCGGGGGCCCCGUAUAAUUGAUACGGCUGGUACGGCGGUAGCUACGCCUCUGAUUCCGAAUAAUUGUAUCUGGGUACUUUCUCCUAAAGCUUUUCCUUUAACGUAAAUUUUUUCAUUUUCUAUCUGGUUCUUACUGACAAUCAUGUUUUUUUGUCUUCAGAGCCAUUCCAUACCUGCGAUUAUACAAAAUUUGCAGCCCUUCUCUGCUGUUCGCAAAAUUAUUGUAUUGUCUGCAUAUCUGAGAUUAUUCAUUGAUGUCUUCUAGUGGCUCUUCAGACAUUUCUUCUGAGCACGUAUUAAAAAGUAGAGGGGAUAGUACAUAUCCUUGUCGUACUCUUUUUCUUAUUGGAAUGGUCAUAUUCUUCUUCUUCACGUGCCAUAUCAAAAUUAUCCGACGUUGGCGAUCACCAUUGCGAAGGCUUCUCGAUCUUCGGCAAUAUGGAAUAAUUGUCCUGCAUUUGAUAUCUGAGUCCAUUCAAGAAUGUUUUUUAACCAACAAACUUGUUUUCUUCCUACACCUCUACGGCCCUCUAUUUUGCCUUUAAGGAUCAGAUGUAAUAUUUUAUAUCGACUUCCCCUCACUAUAUGUCCCAGAUAAGACAUUUCUCGAUGUUUAACAGUCUUUAGCAGCAUAUUUUUUGGCCCUCCUUAGUACUUCUUCAUUAGUUUUUCUUGCUGUCCAAGGUAUUUUCAGCAUCCGUCUAUGAAUCCACAUUUUCAAUGCUUCAAUUCUGUUCAUGAUGGAUACUUUUAGCGUCAGGGCCCCCGUAAACGGGCGUGCAACGCGUGCGGCGCACGCGGGCGUAACCCCAAAGGGGCGCCAAACCGAAGGUUUUGUAAAUAUGAAAUAUUUAUUUUAAAUGAGAUAAUAAUAAAAUAAUUAUUCCCGUCCUGAAAUGUUGAACUUACUCCGUCAAAAAUAUAUUACAUUUUGUUGUUUAAUUUUUUUCUUUGAAGUAGAUUGAAUUACGCUUGGCAUACCAUCCAAUCGAUUUUAUGUUGUAAGCUAAAGCGACACUUAAAAUAGUCAAAUAAACAUCAAAUCACACUCCUUGACAAGUAGAAACAUAAAUUACCACCCAUAAAACGCAACUUAGCAGUUUUACUCCAACAAAAACACAACUUGCUGGAACAAGCAGUUUUACUGGUAUAAAGUGAAUCUUUUAAAUACUCGAAUCUAUGAUAAUUGCCCUUAAAUAAACAAAUACUCUAUGACUUAUGAUUAUGUAUUUGACUUGAGUAUACUUGAGUUACUGGUGAAUGGGUGAUUUCCUGCAGUGAAAGGUUUAAAAUUUUAUUUUAUGUAUAUUGGUGUUAAUAAUUACUUACGACUAUUAUUGCAAUAUCCGUUGGGUUUGUUCUGCCCUGAUUUUAAACUUUUGAUUUCGUGUAAAAAAUAUUGGACAAUCUUUUUUAUUUGUUGUUAUUUUAAGUGGUGUGGAAAUUAAAUUAAUUGUGAAAAUGGUAAGUAUCAUAAUCAUUGGAUAGAAUAAUAAUAAUUUAUUUUAAAUGUUAUAAUCGGGUUUUAUCUAAUAAAAUCCACAAUUUACAAUUUAUUUUGAAAAAAAAAAGAAAAUAAUUAAGACAUUGCAUCUGCGUAACUUGGAACCAUAUGGGAAACUUUUUUUCCACCUACCUCUACCGAAAGUAUACUUUUCCGGACCUGAUUGUAGGGAGCAAAGUUGUACUUUUCCUCCCUAGGGAGGAAAAUAUUUUUCCGCCCUAGGGAGGAAAAGUAAAAGUGACGUCAUGGUAUUUCAUUCAUGAAAUAUAACUUAUUGACGCCCUCUCCAAUAGCUUACAUUUUUACGUAAGUAUCUAUACAUUUUAACGUUUAUUUAUAAAACACUGUAUUUUGCAGAAUGGUAAAAAACAGUAAAUUGUUAUUUUGAUUUAACAAUGUUUACAUUAAUAAUUUGACUUAUAUUUGACAGCUGACAGUUAUAUUCUACCUACUUGUUAGUUUUAGUUUUAAUAAAUUUUGUUGGUUAGUUACAUAAAUAAAUUAAGUUAAAAUGAAAAAAUGACUUGUUAUUUGAGGAAGGUGGAAAAAUCAUAUGUAUAACAUGGGAGUAAAGUGCCUUUUCCUCCCUUGAAUGAUUACUGCCCUCCGCUACGCGUCGGGCAGUAAACUUCAUUCUCGGGAGGAAAAGUAGCACUUUCCUCCCUUGUUAUACAAAUAGCUAUUAUUAUUAAUUUUACGGAAAAAUUUAUUCUUCAUAAAGUGUUUUGCAUAGUCUAAAUGCAACCAUUUGCAUAGUCUUAGUCUAAAAACUAAAAUGCAACUAAAUAUAAAUUUGUGUCAAUUUUAUGAGUAUCAAAAAUAUGAAUUUCGAUCAAGAGUAGGUACCUUAUUUCACAAUAUCGAAAAUUAUUAUUAUGAAAAGUUAUUUGGAAUUAAUUAAAAACUAUGUUGUAAUAUGCAAUUACAUCCCUUUAUUAUAAUUGUUUUUCACAAAUUACAGAUACCCAAAGCCCUUUUCAUUUAUUACGAAUAAUGCGAUAACUCUUUUAUUGUUAUUGAUUAAUUAAUUAAUAAUAAUAAAAGAGUUAUCACAUUAUUUGUAAUAACUGAAAAGGGCUAAUUAUUAAUAAUAAAAGACAUCACAUGAUCUCUAAUAAAUGAAAAAGGCGUUGUUGAAAAGUACAAUUAAUGUACGAUAAAAAGUUCUUUUUAAAAAGAUUUGCAUGGUCUAAAAUCUAAGAUGCAACCAUCAAAUCCUAUCAAUUUUAUAUGAGAUAUAUGUAAAAAAAUAUGAGUUUCGAUCAAAAGUAAAGUUCUAGAUCACAAUUUAUUUCAAUUAGAAGGAUGUUAUUGCAUAUAGAAACAUAGUUUUUAAUGCUGAACAACUUUUCACAACUUUUCAAUAUUGUGAAAACUAAACGUACUUUGCUCUUAACCGGAAUUCAUAUUUUUUGACAUACCUCGUAUAAAUUCAUAAAAUUUGAUAUUUGAUGGUUGCAUUCUAGACAAUGCAGAACUUUUUAUGAAGAAUAACUUUUUCUCGUAAAAUUAAUAAUAAAACAGUCUCCCAUAUGGUUCCCAGUUAUGUAGACACCCUGUAUAAAAUUUGUUUGAAAACUUUGAAAUGACAAAAUAUUAUUGUUUAUUUACUUAAAUUUAUAUUUUUAAUUAAAUAUGCAGGGUGCUUCACUAAUGUUGCGAAAAUUUGAAGGGGAAGUGCGCAAAAUGUCGCCUGUCAAAAUUUUCAAUGUGUUUUAAAUGUAUUCACUUUUUUCGAAUCCUGAGAAAACUAAUAAGUAUUUUAAAAAAAUUUAAACGUAGAAUGAAAGAUAAUAUUAUUGCCAUUAUUGAAUUAAAUAUUUGCAAUUAUUAAAAAUCACACUCAAUUUUCUCUUUUAUUUUCACCCCUGUAACUUAUUAAAAUAAACAUUAUAGAAGUAUUCAGGGACUUUCGGCCUCAGUAAUAAUGUCUUUCAUUCUGGGUUUAAAUUUUUCAAAAAUAUUUAUUAGUUUUACAUAUAUGUAUAGUAGAUUUAAAGGGCGCCAAAAUAUGUCCCGCACGCGGGCGCCAAUCAGCCUUGCGGGGGCCCUGUUUAGCGUCCACACUUCUGCACUAUAUAAAGUACGGACCAAACAUAGCACUUAACCAUUCCUUGUCUUAGUUCUAAACUGAGACGAUUAUUGCAAAGAAAUGACUUCAUUUUUAUAAAAGUAGUUUUAUUCAUUGCUAUUCUACGUUUUAUUUCUAUAUCUGUAUCUAGUUGGUUCGUUAUCACAGUUCCCAAAUAUGUCAUUUUGUGAACUUUCUCAACUUGGACUUCGUUUAAUUGAAGCUUUGCAUCGGGAUGUGGGUCACGACUAAACAGAGUCAUAUUAAACAUCCUAAUUCAUUACUGUAAUAAACCUUCGUCUCCAAAAUAAUUUAUUUUAAUAUAAAUUUGUAAACAUUUUAAACAUGUACAAAGAACCUUGUGAAUAGCCAUGUAUAUUAUGUUGUGUGAUAUUGACACCAAAUAUUUUUAACUAAGAGCACAAUCACAUACGAUUUUGUUUUUGUACAUAUUUAUUGUAAUUAUCAUUCACUUAGAAAUAAUUCAGAUAUUAG